UAAAUCAACGCAACAAUUUCCCGCUGUUUGACGUCACGCCAUAGACAAGUCAUACCGUGGAAAAGAGAGAGAAAAUUCGGAUGUGUCAAUACGUGAACAUAAACAACUUACAGUUGGCACAGAAUCAUUGAUGUUGUAUCCACCGAUGACAGAGUAAAUGUGUAAGCAUGCCGUCUAAUGAUGAUUUCUCGCUGAGUGUGUUGGUCGGUAACACAGUCCUGCCCGAGUACUCUCACGGCGGAGUGUGUUACGUGGAGUGUGAUCUGUUCUCUCCUGUAAGCUUCAAUCAACGGACAGAGGAAAGAGUGGGACAAGAACUUGAGGUUCAGAAACAACCCGUGACACCAUUCUCGAUCUGCCUUGUGGCAAAACCCAGCCCCAACAUCCACCAACGGUAUUAUUACAGGGUGUUUAUUGAUGGCCAGAAAGUCACAGCUCGGAGUAUCCAGCAGGGCCAAUAUAAGUAUAUCAAGGGAUUUCGUGAUAAUAACACUGUAAAAGAAUUCCUCUUCUCCAUGCCCAGCCUCAAACAAUCACAGAUUCAGUCUCCAUCCUCGGAUCGUGUCGGAUGGAUCGACGUGGAGUGUUGGAACGCCACUUUGAAGACAUCAAAGAAAACAGUCAGAAACAAACAACACAACUUCACCCCAGGAUCCAAAAAAGACAGUUUACGAGUAACCCAAGGCAAGUACAUGAUGACCACUACUAAAGUAGGGCGUGUCCUUCAGCUAAAGAAUAUUAAUCGAACCACUGACUUCUGGGAUCUCAUCUCGCUGCGUAGUAAACUCUCUGUGAAAUAUGUCACUGCUCAGGGUCUGACUGAUAUGGGUAUGACUGUGGUCCCUAUCCCUUACCCCGUCACCCUGGGGCGCAGCCAGUCCCAAGGGGUUGGUCAGUCUCAGGGAGUAGGUCAGCAAGAAAUGGAACAAAAACCAAACGUAGAUCUGUCAAACGGUUUGGCAGGAACAGUCUACGACAACCAGACACAAGACAAAACCGAGAUUAAGGAGAGCAUCGUUGUUGAUUCCAGUUGUGAUGUUGUUAUAGACGGAAGUGUUGAUUUAACUGCUCUGGAACCAGAGAUCAAAAUGGAGUCGGAGGAUGGAUCUGGAGCAAACAGUCAGAAUGUGUCGUCAGAGAGAAAGAAUAGGGGGAAAAGAGUGCCACGUUUGGGAACCGACCUUGUGAUUAACCUCUGUGACCUUGAGGAAGAAACGGGGAGGGCUGACAAUGAUGUCAUAGUGUUAGAUUGACAAAAAAUGAAGAGAUCAAAGCAGUUGUUGAGAGAAUUAAGAACAGGUUAAAAUUUUAGGUGCUUCUUGUAAAUUGAAGAAAAGGUUAAGGAUUCUCCUAAGGUCGUCAUGGAAAUAUUGAUGUAUAGAUUGAUUUCAUGUACAUGCAGUGGUUGCAUGUUUUUCAUCUUGUUUUUUUCUCAUUAUUGAUCAUUAAACAUUCAUUAACUUUUUUAUAUAUAUGCAUGAUGUUGACACCAUAAACCAGGUAGUAAUUAACUGUAAUAAAAUUGGUUUCAUUUGGUCUAUGUUUAUAAUAUAAUAUUAUUAUAAAGAUUAAUUGUUCAUUUAAAUUGAAGUUGCAUGUAUGAUAGAUAAUUUAUGCGAGGCAAAUUCACAUUCAUAAAUUUAAAGCAGUGGUAUACAUGUACGUAUGUAAUCUCUCUCUCUCUCUCUCUCUCUCUCUCUCUCUCUCUCUCUCUCUCUCUCUCUCUCUCUCCACGCGAUUCUUAUGAUUAUAUAUUUUUUGGUUUAUACUUAAAAAUUAACAAAAGAACAUGAAAUGAUGUUUGUAUAUUUCAGUAAUACUUUCCAUAUUUUAGACAUGUAAAAGGACUAUAUGCAUUUUCUGUGUAUAAAGACAAAACAAAGUAUGUUUGUUUCAUGAUUUAUUUUUUCACUUUAUUUAUUAUAAAAGCAAAGCAUGUGUGAUAAAUACAUGUGUGAAAUGAAAUACAUGUAA